CGGGCCAGACGGUACUUACACUGAGUCAGACCAUCAUUUGGCAUUUCGUCGCGGGGUUCGUCGCUGGCUUAUUGGUAUCUACAUACGCUCGUACAUACAGAAAAAAAAUGUGUAUUGUGCUGUACACAUUCAAGUGUGUGUAGACAUUCCGGCAUGGCAGUGUAUUUGUCAUUUCAAUUUUCGUGUGUGCUCAGAUAAACGAGAAUCAUGUGCCUUAUUUUUUUUUUCUUUUUUUCCGCUUGGUGAGGUAAAACAUCUUGCUGUUGUGUCUAAAUAUGAACAGCUGAUUUUGUUUUUGUGGCUCAUAUGAUAAUAUAAUGAUGAUAAUGAUGCUUUAUGCUCAUGCUAUGCCGUAGGUCGCAAAAAAAUGUUGGCAAGUGCAGUGCACAGCCUGGAAAAAUGCAGUGCCAAUGAUUUAAAGACAUUCUCGCUUUGAUCUGCUGUGUAAAGAAAAGUAGAUUACACUUACAAAAGAUGAAUGCAAUUCAAAUAAGAAACGAAAAACCAAAUAAAAACAAACGAGCAAUACAAGUUGACAUUUGGCGAGCUGAGCGUAUGUAUGCGCAUAUACACACAGCUGUAAGCAAAAUAAUAGCGUCUUAAAUUUAUACUUUAUUUCGGUUUUUUAAAGGAAGCGUCAGACAUUUGAGUGAAGUGCAGGUCUAUAGUAAGACGUUAUUAAUGAAAAGGCUUUGAGAAAGCGUGCUAGGAUUGCCAAAUCAAAGAGCAUCGACAGAUGCACCACCAAACGAAAAAACAACAACCAAACCACUUUGGUACACGUACACCCAUUGCCAAAUAAAAGCCGACGAAAAAAGACACUUACACACACCUGUACAUAAUUUAAUAUUCGGAUAUGCCUUGUAAAUAAAACACAAACAACAAAUAUUUAGGAUCUAGGCAACUACGCUUAUUACGUCAACUGGAAACAGGAGAAGGGAACACACCUUUUCGAAUUUCACAUAAACACAAUCCUCAUUCUAGUCGAGAAACUUUCACAAUUACAUAUAUUCUUCACACGGUGAAACACUAAAACAUUAACUAAACAACAAUACCAACCUCCCCCACCAACAAAAAAACCAAGCAAAAAAAAAUACAAAAAGGAGAAACCCAAAAAAAAUAUAAAAGGAACAGGAAUAAACUUAACGAUACCAACAACAAGCCACAGCAACAGCCACAGCCAAGUAUUCAAAAUUACCAUCAAUGUGCGGAUGAUCUGCAAAGAGCAUCUCAAGACAUAGACGGGCCCAGUGCGAGGAAAGUACCACCAGUCGCAGCUCCAGCUGCGCACCUCCUCUAUAACGGCAACCGAUCCGGAGACGGACCAGCCGACGUAACAGGACCCGGGGCCGGAGUCUAGAUCGAUCGUGGACAGAGAGCGAAAGGAAAGGCGACCCAGGGCCACGCCAAGCCAAGAUGCAUAUUGAAAUCCAGGUCGCCCUGAACUUCGUCAUAUCCUAUCUCUACAACAAGUUGCCGCGCAGACGCGUGAACAUAUUUGGCGAGGAGCUGGAGAAGGCGUUGCGGGACAAGUUCCAGGGCCACUGGUACCCGGAGAAGCCCUUCAAGGGCUCCGCCUACCGAUGCCUGAAGACCGGCGAUCCCAUCGAUUCGGUGCUGGAGCGGGCGGCGAGGGAGAGCGGGGUGCCGAUCGGGGACAUCCUGGAGAACCUGCCAAAUGAGCUCUCCGUCUGGGUAGAUCCCGGGGAGGUCUCGUUCCGCGUUGGCGAAAAGGGAGCAGUAAAGAUACUUUACACGGAGAACAAUGAGAACCACGAGGACAGCCACUCGGCAGACCGGGAGGUCACCAAAAUGUUCAAUCCGGAGGCGCAGUGCUUUCGACCCAUCGACGCAGUGAACACGACCAUGAACAACCUGAGCCUGAGUCCCAAGGCCCUCCCCCUGGCGCUGCCCCAAGCGGGAUCGGGAUCCUCGCCGCACUCGGCCGCCUCCAGCUCGCCCACCUACAAGGGCAGCCCGAACCCCACGAUCUCCGGCAGCUGCAGCUCGGGCUCCGGAGCGGGCUCUGGGUCCGGGUCGAACCUGGGGCCCGGGCCUGGGCCGGGAGCCGCUCCCGUUCCAGUGCCGGGCAACAGUGCCACCGCCAACGCGGCCGCCGGCGCCUUUAUGCAGCGCGGCGCCCAAGCUCCAUUAACUUUUACAACGGCCACCUUCGCGCAGACUAAGUUCGGUAGCACCAAGCUGAAGACCAGCUCCAAGCGCACCAACAGCAGCGCCUACCGCAUGUCGCCCACUGAGUUCUCCAACUACAUCAAGCAGCGCGCGAUGCAGCAGCAGAUGCACCACGGCCACGGAGUCGUCCCGUCCGCGGGCUCAUCGGUGUCGGCCUUCGGCGGCCUGGACGCCGUCUCGCCCGCCCGCUCCCUCUCGCCGAACCCCAUGUCCCUGGGAGGCGGCCAGGCCGCCGGGGCCACCGGGACCGCCGCCGAUCCGUUCUACUACCCGAACAUGGCGAUCGGCCUGUACCCGCCGUUCGGCAAUCCGCGGAGCCUCUUCGAGUCGCACUUCAACGCGGACGCCAGCCUGGGGCUCUUCGUCAGCGGCACCGGGAGCGCCACCAUAGCCGCCGCCGGAGCCAACAAGUACAGUACUUACCUGGAGCCGUGCUACUUUGGCUCGGGUCACCCCAGUUCCCAGCAUACGCAGAGCGGCGGCGGCGAGAGCUGCUUCGGACUGAACGUGGAGUGCGGCGUGGGCCUGGAGGAGUCCUCGCCGCCGGCGGCCGUGGUCGUCGCCGUGGCCAUUGCCGGGGACUCCUCGCCGGACAACAGCCCCCUCAGCACUCCCACCGUGGGCGUGGUGCCCCCUCUGCCGGCUGCUGCGGCCACCCCCUCGGCCGCCGUCUCCGCCUCCGCCGCCGUCGCUGCCGCCGCAUCCUCCUCCGCCGCCAGUAGCCACCAGCCACAACAGCAGCAGCCAGCAGCCCAGGAGUCGUCCCCGGGGAACAGCAACAGCAACACCAACAGCAACAGCAACACCAACAGUAACACCAACAGCAACAACAACAGCAACAGCAAGCUGAUUGACGGCAUCAGCUCCUUCUACGGCACUGGAUCGUCGUAUCAGCAGCUGUUGGUUGCCAACUAGAGUUCCCCCGGAAGCAGCCACCAAGAGAGCAUCCACCAUAGGCACAGGUACAUCCGCAAAGACAAUGACCAGGCGACGGCUUCGGGGCGUCGGGAGCAGGAACAGUAGACAUGUUCGGG